CGGUGGUGCACACACCACGCCUCGGCCUUGCUGGGCCGCUCAACUACAAUGUACGGAGUCCUUGGGCCACCGAUCAUGGGAUUUGACUAUAUCUCGCCACUGCUGCCGUGGUUGCCAAGCUGGAUUUGACUCUCGCCACUCAAAUAAGUGGGUGCCGUGGGUGCCAAGCUGAAACCAUACUCAAGAAGUGAUCUUUAUUUAUUGGUAAUAACCGCUGCAGCCUGCAGUUAGACCAGCCAUAGAUCACUUUCACCAGUUCCUCUCCUCAGCUCCAGUUGACUGUCAAUGGAGAACCCACCUCACCCUCAGCAGCAGCAUUUCCUGUUCGUCACUAACCCGAUGCAGGGCCACAUCAACCCAACCCGCCGCCUCGCCGCCCGCGUCAUGGCGUCCAACCCGGACGCGCGCGUCACCUUCUGCACCGCCGUCUCCGGGCACCGCCGCAUCUUCCCGUCACUGGCCUCCCCCGACGAGGAGUUCGUGGACGCCGCGGGCGUGCUGCACGCUCCCUACUCCGACGGCUACGACGACGGGUUCAACCCGGCCGUGCACGACGCCGGCACGUACAGGGCCCGCGCCACCGCCGCGGGGCGCGAGACGCUGUCCGCCGUCGUGGCGCGCCUAGCCGCGCGGGGACGGCCCGCGACGCGCGUGGUGUACACGUUCCUCGUGCCGUGGGUGGCCGACGUCGCGCGCGCGCACGGCGUGCCCGCGGCGCUCUUCUGGAUCCAGCCGGCCGCCGUGUUCGCCGUCUACUACCACUACUUCCACGGCCACGGCGCGGCGCUCGCCGCGUGCGCGAACGGCCUCGACCCGGACGCCACGGUCCGCCUGCCGGGGCUGCCGCCGCUCAAGCCCCGCGCGCUCCCGUCGGUCGUGUCCGUCACCUCGCCGGAGCACAGACACCACGUGGUCCUCGACAUGGUGCGCGAGCUCUUCCUGUCCCUCGACGAGCACAGGCCCAGGGUGCUCGUCAACACGUUCGACGCGCUGGAGCCUGACGCGCUCCGCGCGGUGCCGCAGCUCGAGGUCGACGCCGUCGGGCCCGUGGUGCCGGUGCCGGACGAUGAUGUGUCUCCGGCAUCACGCGCGGACCUGCAGUUGCACUGCCACCGCGACGCGAAGCCGUACACGGAGUGGCUGGAGACGAAGCCGGCGCGGUCCGUGGUGUACGUGUCGUUCGGGAGCAUCCUCCCGGUGAGCAAGCGGCAGGAGGAGGAGAUGAGGAAAGGCCUGGAGGCGACCGGCCGUCCGUACCUGUGGGUGGCGCGGAAGGCCGGCGGCGACGGUGGUGCGAGCCCGGCGGACAGCAGCGGCGGCGCCGGCGCGCAGGGGAUGGUGGUCGAGUGGUGCGACCAGGUGCGCGUGCUGUCGCACCCGGCGGUGGGGUGCUUCGUGACGCACUGCGGGUGGAACUCGACGCUGGAGAGCGUGACGCGGGGCGUGCCGAUGGUGGCCGUGCCGCAGUGGACGGACCAGCCUACGGUGGCGUGGCUGGUGGACGCGUGCAUGGGCGCCGGCGUGCGCGCGCGCGUGGACGGCGAAGGGGUGGUGGAGCGAGGCGAGGUGCAGCGGUGCGUGGAGAUGGUCAUGGGCGACGACGGUGAGGCCGCGGCGGCGGCCAUCCGGGCGCAGGCUGGUCGUUGGAGAGAAGUGUCGCGUCAGGCGGUGGCCCGCGGCGGGACGUCGGAGACGAAUCUCCGAGCGUUCGCGUUGGGUACGGCUGCUGUGACCGAUGCCUGAUCGACCGGCCACGUCGGGGCACCAUUGGUGCAUACGAUGCGUGGACAUUUCCACUGUUCGUGCAGAGGAAACCUGUCAAUUAAAAUAAAAUGAGUGUUUGGUCCAUC